GACCAGUACCUGUCCGGCAGCUGGAUGCCCUUCCGGUAUGCCCCGAAGGAGUGGAGGACCAGAGGUGGAUGAGCACUGCGCGUCUCCCAGUGACCUUGGGCAGGUGUCAGGAAGUGCUGAGAAGUCUCUGCUGAGCAACGUGCAAGGGGAAAGGAAGCAGGAUUUGGGACCACCGUUUGCUGUACUGGAUGAAAAAAUUCUUCUGAGUGGUUGAAUAAGGAGAAAUGGCCAAGCGUACCUUCUCCACGUUAGAGACGCUCCUGAUUUUCCUCCUUGUAAUGAUGACUGCCAUCACAGUGGCCCUUCUCAGCCUCUUAUUUAUCACCAGUGGGACCAUUGAAAAUCACAAAGAUUCGGGUUUUCCAGGCACAGAGAGCCCUCCGGCCACCCAGAGCUCCACAACCCCUCAAGUCUCAACAGUCACCAAAGACCCCACCACCACCCGGGUGUCUCCAGUGACUAGCACCCCAGAGCCUCCUCUGUUUCAGAACUUCAGUGGCUACCACAUUGGUGUUGGGCGAGCUGACUGCACAGGACAAGUAGCAGAUAUCAACUUGAUGGGCUACGGCAAAAGCGGCCAGAACGCCCGGGGGCUCCUCACCAGGCUGUACAGUCGCGCUUUCGUGCUGGCGGAGCCCGACGGCUCCCAUCGAAUGGCCUUUGUCAGCAUCGACAUAGGCAUGGUGUCCCAACGGAUGAGGCUGGAGGUCCUGAAAAGACUGAAGAGUAAAUAUGGCUCCCUGUAUAGAAGAGACAAUGUUAUCCUGAGCGGUACUCACACACACUCGGCUCCUGCAGGAUAUUUCCAGUACACCGUGUUCGUGAUAGCCAGCGAAGGAUUUAGCAAUCGCACUUUUGAGUACAUGGUCACUGGCAUCGUGAAGAGCAUUGAGAUAGCACACAGAAAUUUGAAACCAGGAAAAGUCUUUAUCAAUAAAGGAAAUGUGGAUGGUGUGCAGCUCAACCGAAGCCCUUCUUCUUACCUUCAGAAUCCACCGUCAGAGAGAGCAAGGUAUUCUUCCAAUACAGACAAGGAAAUGAUAGUCUUGAAGAUGGUGGAUUUGAAUGGAGAUGACCUGGGCCUUAUCAGCUGGUUUGCCAUCCACCCGGUCAGCAUGAACAACAGCAAUCAUCUUGUAAAUAGUGACAAUAUGGGCUAUGCAGCUUACCUUUUUGAGCAAGAGAAGAACAAAGGACAUUUACCGGGACAGGGACCAUUUGUAGCUGCGUUUGCUUCAUCAAACCUAGGAGACGUGUCCUCCAACAUUCUCGGCCCACGUUGCAUCAACACGGGAGAGUCCUGUGAUAAUGCCAACAGCACUUGUCCCAUUGGUGGGUCCACCAUGUGCGUUGCUAGGGGACCUGGACAGGAUAUGCUCGACAGCACACAGAUCAUAGGACGGACCCUGUAUCAGGGAGCUAAGGUGCUGUAUGCCUUAGCUUCCCAGGAGGUGACUGGACCACUGGCCUCUGCUCAUCAGUGGGUGAAUAUGACGAACGUGACCGUCUCGCUCAAUUCCACACACACGGUGAAGACAUGUAAACCAGCACUGGGCUACAGUUUCGCAGCUGGCACAAUCGAUGGAGCUGGGAGCUUCAACUUUACGCAGGGUACAACAGUGGUGGAUCCAUUCUGGGAAACCAUUCGCGACCAGAUCUUUGGCAAGCCGUCUGCCGAAAUCAGAGAGUGUCAAAAACCUAAGCCAGUCCUUGUUCACACUGGAGAGCUGUCAAAACCUCAUCCCUGGCACCCAGAUAUUGUUGAUGUUCAGAUUAUCACUCUUGGGUCCUUGGCCAUAGUUGCCAUCCCUGGGGAGUUGACGACUAUGUCUGGACGAAGACUUCGGGAGGCAGUUAAAGCAGAGUUUGCAACUUAUGGGAUGCAGAAUAUGACUGUUGUUCUUUCGGGUCUGUGCAAUGUAUACACACAUUAUGUUACCACCUAUGAAGAAUACCAGGUUCAGCGGUAUGAGGCAGCGUCUACAAUUUAUGGACCACACACUCUGUCUGCGUACAUCCAGCUCUUCCGAGUCCUUGCUAAGGCCAUUGCUACGGAUACAGUAGCCAAUCUGAGCAGUGGUCCAGAGCCUCCGUUUUUCAAACAACUCAUAAUCCCAUUAAUUCCUAAUAUUGUGGAUAGACCACCAAUAGGCAAGACUUUUGGGGAUGUCCUGCAGCCAUUGAAUCCCAAAUACAGAGUGGGAGAAGUUGCAGAAAUUACAUUUGUAGGGGCUAACCCAAAGAAUUCAGCAGAAAACCGGACCCAUCAGACUUUCCUCACUGUGGAGAAAUACGAGGACGCUUCAGGGACAUGGCAGGUCGUGCAUAAUGAUGCCUCCUGGGAGACUCGUUUCUAUUGGCACAAGGGGUUACUGGGUCACAGCAAUGCAACGAUCCAAUGGCACAUUCCAGAUACUGCCCACCCUGGAAUCUACAGAAUAAGAUACUUUGGACAUAAUCGGAAGCAGGACUUUCUCAAGCCCGCUGUCAUACUUGCAUUUGAAAGUACUUCCUCCGUGUUUGAAGUUGUAACUACUUAGUGAAACAUUGACACAGCAUUCAAAGAAUAGUUUGGCUCUGUAUAAAUUAUGCAGCUGAUUUCAUAUGAAUGUAACUAUUCUGAUGACUUCUACAGUUGUCCCAGUUUGGAGUUUACU